AUGUUAAAAAUAAUUGACGACGAGUUAAAUGUCAAUGAUAUACUUCGUAAUGACUUGAUGCCGACAUAUUUUAUGACGAAUGAUGCUGUUGAGGAAAAAGUGGUUGGUAACGAAACGCGAAAUUUUAUGCCAUCCGUGAAUGGAUCAAUGGACGCCGCUUACUCUUUGCUAGAUUUUCACAGAAAAAUGAUGAACGAAUAUCAAUGCCGGAAUUAUGUUGCUGAACAUAUAUUAGAGGAAAUGGGUACAUCGGUUUUGCAGAAUCGUAUCGGAAAACCCUCUGAAAUGGAUGCCAAAGGUGACAGUAUCGUAUCUAGACCGCAGGAUUUAAGAAGCAAUGUUAUGUACGAUGUCGGCUCAGCAAAUUAUCAGGAAUGGCUAACCAAAGUAGCAGCUCUCAACGACUUAUAUCGUGAUAACGCCACUAAUAAUUUAAAUACCAACAACCUAUCAACAACAGAUGCUCUACAACCUAAUGUUCAACAAAGAGUGGGUUAUGAAGUGUUUGAAGAUCAUGAUAUGCCGAGUUAUGGAGCUGAAAGAACGCCAUACGACGUGUCCAAGCACGGUGGUGGUUAUGACUUUGCGAUGCCGCCACCGCCACCACCCAUCUACCAUCAACCUGCAGUUCCUCAUGAGGUUCACGAUGACUAUGUGAUGGAAAGAGAGAAUCACAGCAGUUUGGGGAUUGCAGAUCUCUUUGAUAUCUCGCUUACUGGAAUUGCUUUUUUGUCUUUUGGAAUGUUUGCACUGCAGGUGUUAAUGUGCAUAACAAUGAGCGAUCAACAAACCCAAGUCGUGCAAGUGGUUGACAAUGGGGACACAGUGAACGUGGAUCAAGGGUUCCGGUUCAAGCGGGAUGUGGAACGCGUCGGGCGUGUCGCUAAGAUCAACACGCUAACGCGAUACGCCCUCAUGGCUGCGAAACCACGGACUACACCAUGCUUAUACCGUACAUUGUGCAUUGGCAACAAACACUCGAGAAAUGUGCAAGACGACAUCCGAUAUUGGUUACCCCUGUGGCAUGCUGGCGUGGCAUGGAUGCGAGGAGGAGCUCUUGGCGCGCUGAGUGCUGCCGCGUUGGGGCUGGGUGGAGCCGACUGCGACAAGCUUUAUCCGAAACAUCACUGCUCUUUGAUAUAA